GAGAGGCCCCGGGGCCGGUUUUGUGGUUCGGGCCGCUCCUUUCCGUACAGCCGCCCUUCCCACAAUGCCUGUCUGCCACGGCCCCUCCCCUUCCGGCAUUCUAGCCGCACCCCAUUGGUUUAGAUCUUUACCGCCCCACGCUUCGCGGCGCCAAUUGGCUGCUCGGCCUGUCAAUCACGGCGGUUGCCAGGCGACGCCGACAUUUUUGUGUCCCGACCAUGGCGGCGCAGGAGGAGAAGACAGAACCAGCGCUGAAAUCGGUGCCGGUGGCGGCGGAUGCCACGGGAGCGCACACGGCCUCGGCGGCACCGGCCCGGUGCGCGUUUCGUGGCCUGACCGGUUCCGUGACCUCACUGGCGCCGCGCGUGGGAGCCCGUACGGCGCUUUUCCGUACAACCCUCCCUUCCCGGCAGCGUACCCGCAGCCCAUUGGCUAACCUUCCCCACCUCCCAGUUUCCGCGGCGCUGAUUGGCUGUCACACCCUCCCGUCUCGCCGUUGCUAAGCAACGCGGCCAUGGCGGCGGAUGCGAAGGAGGCCGCGGCGAUGGAGGAGGCCGACAGCGAUGAUGCCGCGGCGUCCGCGGCGCUGUCGGAGCUGACGGCGCUGCUCUCCCCGUCCUCCCCCGCCGCUCCCGGAGCAGCCGAGGCCGCCCUGGCGCUGUCGGGCAGCGCGUCGGGCCGGGCGCUGCUGGCGGGACACCCCGCGGCCUUAGCGGCCUUGUGCGGCCUUGCCGCCUCGGCCUCGCGUGGAUCGCAGCCCGCCUUGGCCGCGCUGGUGAACGCGUCCUCGGAGCCCGCCGCGCUGGAGCCGCUGCUCCCCGCCGUUCCUUCGCUCGCCGAGCUGCUGCCCAGCUCCGGGGCGGCCUGCGGGGUGCUGGCCAACCUCAGCCGGGACGAGGCGGCGGCGCCGCGGGUGCUGCGGGCGUUGGGCCCCGGCGCGGGGCCGCUGCUGCGGGCGCUGAGCGCGGAGCGGCCGCCGGAGGAGCUCGGGGCGCUGCUCUGCAACAUCAGCCGGGUGCGAGAGGGACGGGCAGCGCUGCUGGAGCCCUCGGGGCGGGCGCUGCGGCGGCUCCUGGCCCUGGUUGGGAGCCCGAACUCGGCGUCGCUGCGCAGAGGAGCCGUGGGAGCGCUCAGGAACUGCUGCUUCCAGCACGAGAACCACGAGCGGCUGCUGAGCCCCGAGCUGGACGCGCUGCCGCUGCUGCUGCUGCCGCUGGCCGGCCCCGAGGAGCUCCCCGAGGAGGAGAUGGAGCAACUUCCCGUGGAUCUGCAGUACCUCCCCCCGGAGCACCGGCGCGAAGAGGAGCCCGAGAUCCGCAAGAUGCUGCUGGAGACGCUGAUGCUGCUGGCGGCCACCAAGGCGGGGCGGCAGCAGCUGCGGCGCCGCGGUUCCUACCUGGUUCUGCGGGAGCUGCACGGCUGGGAGCGGCACCCCGAGGUGCUCGGCGCCUGCCAGAAGCUGAUCCAGGUGAGACGCGGUUCCGGUGCUGCCGGGGCUGUGCCGGGGCUGUCGGGGUGGUUCCGGAACGUUCCCGGCGCGGUUCCAGCGUGA